AUGGCUAUUGUCUUUGGGACUCGUCUCGCCGGUCCCGGCCGUACCUCGCGCUACGAUCCCGGAGCCGCUCCCGACGCGACUUGGAAAACCAUUAACGGCGUCGCUAUCCCCCCACGACCGGAGGAGCCGGACAACUGCUGCAUGAGUGGCUGCGUUCACUGCGUCUGGGACGACUACCGUGACGAGCUGGAGGAAUGGGCCGCACGGCUUGCGCAGGCCAAGGUAAAGGGCUCUUCCACGAACAACGGCAGAGAUCAGCGCCAGACGCCGCGAUCGGAGGUCAACGCGGCCAGCGGGAGCAUGGAUGACGAUGGCGGGGGCAGUGAAACGAGCUGGACACUUCCGGAUUCCACUGAGGAAGAUCUCUUUGCUAACAUCCCUGUCGGGAUUCGCGAGUUCAUGAAGACGGAGAAGAAAUUAAAGCAGCAGAAACUUCAAGAAGGCGCUCACACUUCAGAAACGGAUAUCAUCCUCAAUAAGGCCAACGUCGCCUUGGCCCGCAGCCAACGGCUUGUCGCAUCAUGGCUCCCAGCUCCGAAGGCAGAGGACCUAGUCAAUGUAAAAUCGGAAGAGGAGUUGCAACGCGAAGAGGAUGAGAUAUUUACGGCAGUCCCGGAAACGCUCGGAGUUGGAGCGCCUCUGCCGACAAAAGCCGCGGAUGGAAGCUGGAAUCGCACGGAGUUGGACUCGAACGAUAAAUUGCGGAAACAGUUGCUCGGUCGUAAUUAUCAAAAGGUCAUGGCGGCCAAGGCCAAUAGUGCAAAGACUGGGGCGACAUCUUCCUCCGCUGGCACGGCUCCAGGUCGACCGUCAGGGAAGGGGGCAUCGUCCAGCGUCGGUUAUGGUGCUGACGAGGAUGACGAGGAUGAGGAGGAGGGUCGUCUGGCCCUCAUAGGCAGAAGAAAUACCUUCUCGAGGAAGAGGAAAGCAGUUGCUCAUGCGCAACAAGUCUCUGGAGAUGCCGAAAACCUGGGCCCUGACGCCAAGGAGGCAAAUAUCGAGAGUAGCGAUAAACAAGAAGCAGCCUCGUCGCAAUCCUCAUCUGGUCGAAGAAGCAGGAAGAAGGGCACGAGUUUCUUAGAUGAAAUUCUGGCCGAACGGUCGAAGAAGAGAAAGAAGAGCUGA